AUGAAGUCUGCUGCGCCCAAAACAGUCGUCUUAUACUGGCAUCGAACAGACCUUCGACUACAUGACUCGCCAGCUCUACACGCUGCCUUGGCCUUGAAGCCAUCAGUGUUUAUCCCCGUCUGGACAUGGGACCCUCACUACGUCUACAGAGCACGAGUCGGACCAAACCGAUGGAGGUUCCUUUUGGAAUGUCAAAACGACCUGUCUAAAUCAUAUACUAAGCUCAACCCCAAGCAAAAGCUUUGGCUUGUCCGUGAAGGUCCACAGACAGUCCUUCCCAAACUUUGGAAGAAAUGGGGAAUCACGCACCUCGUGUUCGAGAAGGAUACCGACCCUUAUGCUCGCGAACGCGAUGAAGCCAUCGUUCAACUGGCGGAAGAAGCUGGCGUCGAGGUUAUUGUGAGAACGGGCCGCAAUCUGUUUGAUCCUGAUGAUUUGGUCCGGAAGAAUGGAGGGAAGCCGACGAUGAGUAUGACGCAAACUGAAAAGGCUGCUGAGAAGAUUAAUGGUGGACAGCCGGAUCGACCUGUGGAGACGCCUAAGAGUGUUCCGGAUCCUUGGGAGAAAGAUAAAAUGGAUCUUAGUGAUAUUGAGCACAAGGUCACAAACCCGACGCCCGAUUUGAACGCAGAUCAUCGCGGGACAAAGGACAAACAAUACACGCAAAUCAUGGGCACCAAGAACGACUUUGGCGUGCCAACAAUGGAGGAAAUUGGCAUCGAUCCAUCUUUAGCAACGACUCCUCAUCGAGGUGGAGAGUCCGUAGCUUUGAAGAUGCUGGCCGAUUUUAUUGCAGACGAAGAGUAUAUCGGUACAUUCGAGAAACCCAAGACCUCUCCGGCUGCCUUUGAGCCUCAAUCCACCACUCUCCUCUCUCCACACUUGCACUUUGGCUCCCUUUCCAUUCGAAAGUACUGGUGGGACGUCCAAGAUGUCAUGACCAAACGCAGAAAAGCAAAGAAGCCCAACGCCUUCGUCCCGGUUAAUCUACCUGGCCAGCUACUUUUCCGCGAUAUGUACUUUGCAGCACAAGCCGCGAUUGGUGCCCCAUUUGCGCGGAUACACGGCAACAGAGUCGCCCGAUUUAUUGACUGGCACUUGCAAUCAAAGCCGCUUCAGACCGUGGAGAAAGAUGAGGACGCGAUGGAAGACGACGACGGAGUUCUACCCGCUCGCGAUUAUGAAAUUGACUCUCCCGAGGCUGAGGAGUGGUUCCAAAGGUGGAAGACAGGCCGAACGGGCUUUCCCUGGAUCGACGCGUUAAUGCGCCAGCUCAGGUCAGAGGGCUGGAUCCACCAUCUUGGUCGGCAUAGCGUUGCGUGUUUCUUGACUCGUGACGAAACAGCCUCAAACGCGGGGAACUGGAUGUGGCUCUCCUGCACGGCCUUCUUCACACAAUUCUACCGCUGCUACUCACCCAUCGCAUUCGGGAAGAAGUGGGACCCCAAUGGCGACUUUGUUCGUCGCUAUGUACCCGAACUAGCCAAAUUCGAUAAGAAGUUCAUCUACGAGCCUUGGAAGGCGCCGAUCGCCGAUCAGAAAAAGUGGGGGUGUAGAGUUACGAAUGACGACAAUGCUGCGGGCGGCCAGUCGUAUCCGAAGCCGAUGUUUGACUUUGAUAAGAGGAGGCAGAUUUGCUUGGAUAACAUGAAGAAUGCGUAUGAUGUGGGAUUGCAUGGGAAUGAUGAAAAGGUUUUGGAUGGGUCGUGGAGGAAGUUGUUCGGUGAGAAUGGGGGAGGGGAGGAGCCGAAAAAGAAGAAGCAGAAGACGGAAUAG